AGAAGGACCGAGAGACGGAGAGAGAGAGGAAGGAAGGCAGGAGGCCGAAGGCAGGGAGCAUUAAACCCGUCUAAACCUGUCUGACACGGAGGACGACGACACCCAGGCGCAGGUAGACAAAAAGCAGGACCACCCGGCAGCACCUCGAGCCGCGACCGUUUUCCUUCAGCCCGCACCAACGGCCCCGUCGUCGUCUCGCGAGAAACUUCAUCGAUUUUUAGCAGCAAUGGCUCAAGAGACGAACCAGAGCCCGGUGCCCAUGCUUUGUGCCACAGGCUGCGGUUUCUAUGGCAACCCAAGAACCAAUGGUAUGUGCUCUGUAUGCUAUAAGGAACACCUGACACGGCAGCAGAGCAGCGACCGCAUGAGCCCCCUCAGCCCAAUGGGCUCAACUGCUAGUCCUACCUCAGAGGCCUCAGCCAUCCAGAGACUAGAAGCCAGUCUAGCGAAAGUUGAAGCCUCCCCUGCCUCUUCACCAGACAUGUCUAGAACCGUUCAAGGAUCCCUUCCUGUGACUCAACAAAUGACAGAGAUGAGCAUCUCGAGAGAAGAUAAGCCUGAACCCCUAGAGCCUGUUGUAAACCAGCCUGCUGCUUCUAGCCCUACCCCUGUAGCUUCUUCCAGCAGUGAAGAAGGCAAGGGUGAUACCCCCAAACCCAAGAAGAAUAGGUGCUUCAUGUGCCGCAAAAGGGUGGGCCUUACAGGGUUUGACUGUCGCUGUGGCAACCUGUUCUGCGGCAUCCACCGGUACUCUGACAAGCACAACUGUCCCUAUGAUUACAAGGCCGAGGCUGCCGCCAAGAUCCGUAAAGAAAACCCCGUGGUGGUGGCUGACAAGAUCCAGAGAAUAUAAAUCUGAUGGAACAGCAGCAGUGGCAACAAUGAAACACCAUCAACAAAGACUGGAGUAUGAGUGUGAACCUUUGAGAUGAGCACUGGCAUGAGUGGCUAAGUGAGGAUCGAAAGGACUUGAUUUACAAAAUUACAACCUCAAGAAAAUAAUGGGAAAAAAGAAGAAAAAAUGUUAAAGAUCCUGUCUGAGGGCGAUGCAUGAAUGAUCACUUUUCUCCUCUUUUUUUUUGAUUAAUUCAUUAGUUUGUUUGAUCCUAUUUUCUGUGGUGUGACUUUGCCGCUGUUCAGUCCUUUCUUUUUCUAAGAGUAUGUAUCGUCUUAUUAAGAGCAGACCAGGCUAAAUGUCCAGGAUAUGCUGUGCUCCUCUCACCCAUACCAGGUGCCAUUUUGUGCCAAACAGUUGACCGCCAUUUCUAUUGGAUCCUGUCAAGUGUCAGACACUGGCAGAUCUCUCAAAGCAUUCAGACUGCACAGAAACAGUCCUUUCAACCUUCAACCUUUGAACUUGUUGUUCUGUGCUCCAUUGGUACUGGAGUCAGUCAGCGUCUCCCACCGUGCACAAGGGGAUUUGUUACUUUGUCUUUCCUAGCUUUACCUACCUCACAGCUGCUGUGUUAAGCUACAUUGUCUUCCCUUUUCCUUUGUUUGUCAUCAACUUUGACCCCAGCAGAACAGUGGAUCAUCAUGAUAGUCGGCCUCAGUGACCGUCCAAUCAGCAUGCCAGUGUUGACUUUGAUCAGUCUGAUUGUGAUGAGGCUGUUUCUGUUGUACCUGGAGGUAUCUUGCUAGACAGGGACAAGCAAAUUACUCCACAUUUCACUGAAUCUAACCCUUUUCAAUGGACAUAACCGAGUGCAGGAGUUCCCCCAACUGGUUCAAGUUUAGAUUGUAAUCACAGACGCCUGGUGCAGGGCUUUGUGUACCAAUGUGUGGCCUGAGAGGAAGGAUGGCACCCUUUCCUGGCAGGCCUGCUGGGUGAAUUUAGGCUACAAUAUUGUAGGGGCAUGAAUGAAUGGGAUAAAUGCAUGAGUUACUUUUCAUCUGCAUUAGUGUUUCAGAAAUAUCACUCAACUUAGGGUUUCAAACAUUUUAUUUGCUGAGAGACAAUUAUCUGUUAUGUUUUAUUAGCCUUUUUUUUUCUUUUCCGUUGUACUGAUGUUAGCGCAUGUAUUCAGUGCAUUUGUGGAAUUAGGGUAUGUGAAUCAUGAUGUUUUUUGUUUUUCUUUUUAUGCGCUAACAGAAGAUUUAUGUGAGCACAGCGUGUGUGUAUGUUGGUGUAUGGGUGUGUUUUUUUCCCCCCAACCCUUUUGACUGUGGAGCUACCCGGUUUAUCAGCACAUGUUUACAAAACUACAGUAGCAUGCCAGAGCUAGAUUUAUGAAAAAUAAUAGAUUCCAAGAUUAGAUGUAACUUCUCAUCUGUCUUACAGCUAUCGGUCUGUGUGUCUGCUAUAGAGCACCGUAGAGAAGUGUGUGCGUGUGUGUGUGUGUAUUUGUGCGCGUGCAUGAGCACAUACCUGUGCAAAAGUGUGUUUUCAUGGCUGCCUGACACAUUGAAACUCAUGUAUGUUUGUGACUUGUGUUAUUCCCCCCCUUUUUUCUCCCCCGUAAGGAUGUGUUUUUCAUUUAAGAGAUAACUGUAUGUAUCCGUUUGAGUUUUUCCUUUCUGAUUCUUAGUUAUAUGCAAAUUUGUACAAAAAAUGAAAAAACAACAAACUGUGUUGAUAUUUAUGUAUUACAUAUAAUCUUGCUAUCCAGCAUUACGACAGAAUAGUAUCAUGUAAAUAAAACUGUACAGAGAGACAUUA